AUGGAUUUGCAUUACUCUAACCAAUAACAAUCUGAAGCAUAAAAUGACCUAUUUGAUUAGUUUGAGUAUAGGGGAGAUCUAGAUACUUUGAAUGCCAAGUAAAGCUAGCCAGCAAAUGAGAGAAAAAAGAUUGUAGCUUCUAAAUUAAAGAACGAAGAUGUCUAGAAAUUCCUUGAUUAUAUGUUUGAUUACAAAGAUGAAGGCAAGUAAAUUAGCAACUCUACCAAUAGAAUACUUGGAUUUAAAAAGAGCUAGAAAAUGCAUCAAUCUAAGCAAGUAUUGAUGCUAUUGAAAAAGAACUAACAAGAGCUGAAUUAGGAAUCAUUUUCAUAGGAUUAUUAGACUUGUAGAUAAUAGGAUUAGAAUUAUCUAUCCAUACUUUAAGUAAAGAAAAUCGAGAAUUAGGAUGUGAUAAUAGAUGAGUUUCCUCGGAAGAAUUUAACUCCAACUCCACAAACUAGAGUUUAAAUACCAAUGGAUGAUUAAUACACUAGGUAUGAUCCAUAUAGUCAAAACCAAUCAGUUGUCCAAUCUAAAAGCUAAGUCAAUUAUUAGAGUAAUCACUUACAAAGAGUCUAGAAAUAUCUCAAAAAUGUUUCGGAAAAGAGUCAUAGAGAACAUAAUAUCACAGACAAAGAAAAUAUUGGCAGCCAGGACAACAUGUAUGAGACUAGAUUUGUAGACAUUAAAAUACCUAAAGCAGUCUCAAUGUUGUAGUCAAACGAUAUUUAAGGUAUCGAUAAAGCAGAAAAUAAUACUAGCUUUGAUAAAAACUAUAUACCAAUCACUAAGAUGCCGUUUCCUUCAUUUGGAGGAGAGGAGCUUAAUUAGGACAACACUAGUAUAAGCUUUAUUGGUAGAAACAGUUUGGGACAUAGUCAGAUCUUCGAUAAAAACGAAUAAAAUCUGAGAGCUUUGAAAAGAAAUAGUACCGAAGCAACUUAAAGAGUUUAAAGAUAAAUGAAGAUGAACUUCAAACUUAUUAAAGAGGAUAUUAAUAAAAAUAAGAAUAAUCUCAAGGCCUUUAAUCUCUUUCACAUGAUCAUGUCUGAUAAUGAAACUAAGAAUGAUUAGCUACAAGAGAAUAAUAAUAAUCAAAACAACAAUUCCAAUGUAAAUGAAUAAUAACUAGGCAUAUGUCCUUAAAAUAGGAAAGCUAUGAAUUAGAGUAAAAAUGAGAAUAGCAGGAAUUAGAAGGGGUUUUUGCCAAUAAGAAACAUACCUCGAAAUGGAUUUUCAAAUUAUCUUAUGAAGAAAAAAUUGUUGGUGUAAUCUCAAUAGCAAAUGAAAAAUAACGAGCUUAGUACUGUAGAUAGCAACGAGUCUUAUUUUAAAGAUUUAUUCGUUGUAAACAGUAAAAAUCAGCAGAAUAAUCCUCUAACUAUUUAAAAGAUAGGUUAAUCACAUAGAAUACCUACUUUGAUACGGCAGAGGACAGUUAUCAAUACAAAAGAUGCUAGUAUAUCUUGUGAUUUGCCUAAACACAUUGAUUCUUAUGGAAAUAUAUCAAUUGAGGCAGAUACAAAUAUAAAUGAUAAUCUCCUAUCAGCUCAAUCAAAUCCCUUAUCAAGUUAGCUUGAAUCAAACUAAGUUUCCUCAUUAACAUUGAACAGUAAAAAGAUGAGUUUAGCAAAUUUAAAGUACAUUAGAUCAGCUUAGAUAAAUGUAUAAGUAUAAUUGAAAGCCUCAUAGCAAAAAUAGAAUACUUCUUAAAUUCCAAAUACUUAAGGUGAAUACUCAUUAUGGCAAAUGCCAUAUCAAAUAAACUAAAGUUUCCAAGGUGGAGAGCUCUAGAUUAAAAAUAAAUCUAGGAAUAAAAUAGGAGGAAGUUAUGCCACAUAAUACUAAACAGAUUCAACUUACCAAUAGAGAAAUUUGAAAUCAUUUAUACCAGUCUUGCAAAAAAAUAAAAUGCUAAAGAAGUCUUCUUUAUCGCCCAUUAAUUUCUCUCAACAAAAGCUAAGUAAAUGCGGUGAAAUAACUGAUUCAGCUGGUUCUCCUAGUCCAUUUAAAGGACCAGUCUAUGUCAACACUAGCAGCUAGGAUAUAUUGAUUAAUGUAGAUAGAAUCGAACGUUAAAAUGUGAUUCUCACAAAAAGCUAAUUGAAUGGCAUAGCUUCAUAAAAUUUAAAGUGUCAAUCAAAUAGCAAAAGAUUGAAACAUGGAAAUCACAGUACCAGCUAUAUGCCAAAUAGAAAAUAAUAUAAGUAACAAUAAAACUCAGAUCUACCCAGAUCCCCUAUCAUUUGA